CAUGGAAGUAGUCAAAAACCAGUCAAAUCGUCGGAACACCAACGACGUCGUUUUAAAAUAUUCAGUUCCAAUAUAUACGGAGAGUAAAACCUUAAUGAAGGCUGUGUUAAUUCUAAUACAGAGAGAAUAGAAAAGAAAGAGAGAGAGAAAGAGAGAUUAAUAAAGUUAGAAAAUGCCUUGCGCAGUUGCAGUGCCAAAUUCUCCGAUAUUUUCACCGUCGUCAAUCUUUUACAAAUCUCCAGCUGCUUCUUCUUCUUCGUCUCCGUCUUGCUCUUCUCCUAGAAUCCAUGUCCAUGGCUCUUCACGAACCACUGCUCGAUCAUCUUCUUCUUCUUCUUCUUCUUCUUCAUCGGCAAAAACAUCAUCAUCACCAUCAUCGCCUUUACAAUCAUCGAUGUCGCCGUUAACGUCUCGGUUUCAGAGACAAAUUACAGCGUUAAACAACAACAGCAAUUCCAAGAUCGAUCCUUUGGAUAUGGGUUUGGGUUCCGGGUCGAGUGCAGUCCUGAAGAGGAAAAGGCCCGCGAGGAUUGAUAUCCCGAUUUCUUCGUCGUUGAGUUUUAAGAUUGAUUCGCCUAAGUGUGUAGAGAGAGUGGACUUCAUGGAAGUUGAAGGGGACGGAUACUCGGUUUAUUGUAAAAGAGGAAGGAGAGGUGCUAUUGAGGAUCGGUACUCUGCCUUUGUUGAUCUUCAAGCAGAGUCUACACAGGCAUUUUUCGGUGUUUUUGAUGGGCACGGCGGGCCGAUAGCUGCUGAAUUUGCUGCCAAUAACAUGCAUAAGAACAUAAAGGAUCAGUUGACAAAAGGAAGUGAAGAGAGAAUUGAAGAAGCUAUCAAAGAUGGCUAUAUGACCACGGAUGCUCAUUUUUUAAAAGAGGGUGUCAGCGGUGGUGCAUGCUGUGUCACUGCAUUGAUUCAAAACCAUAAUCUAGUGGUCUCGAACGCCGGCGACUGUCGUGCAGUCAUCAGCCGAGGAGGAGCUGCUGAGGCCCUUACAUCAGAUCACAGGCCUUCAAGAAAAGAUGAGAAGGACAGAAUUGAAGCCCUGGGUGGGUAUGUGGAUUAUUGCCAUGGUGUUUGGCGAAUCCAAGGAUCUCUAGCUGUGUCAAGAGGAAUCGGAGAUCGACAUCUUAAAGAAUGGGUGAUAGCUGAACCAGAGACCAAAAUCUUAAGAAUUAAGCCUGAUUGCGAGUUCUUGAUCUUAGGCUCGGAUGGUCUUUGGGACAAGGUUAGCAAUCAAGAGGCAGUAGAUUUAGUUCGCCCUCUAUGCGUGGAUGUAGAUAAGCCAGAUCCGUUUUCAGCUUGCAAACAACUUGCUGACCUCUCAUUCAGAAGGGGGUCCACUGAUGAUAUAAGUGUUAUGAUAAUCCAAUUAGGUCAUUUUGUUUGAUGAUUCAGUUCUGGGUUUAAAAAACAAAAGAAGAAGAAGAAGAAGAAGAAGAAAAUAUUAUAUGAAAACAAAGUGAGUUUUGCUUCAUCUGCAAGUGUUUUUUUUUUUUCAAGAAACUUGCAGCUUUAGAAGCUAGACAAUUCCUUCGCUAAUGUUCUGUUACACAGUGGAAAGCUCAAAGUGAGAUUGAGAUGUUUCACAAGGUUUUACCUCAGAGACUAACAAAUUAUGGCUCUACUUGUUACACUUGUAAUUGAAAAACCAAUUGCUGUAAAAUGGUCAGAUUUUAGCCUUA